AUGCUGCGAGCUCUGGGACUGCGCCAGAGGCCCAGCCUGGGUUUCGGCUUCGGAGCAUGCACCCGCAGCUUUGCCAAGUAUGCGCGGAAGGGCUUCUGGGCACGUGGCCCAGACUAUGGACAGUACACCCUGGACGACCCGCGCAUCUUCCGACAUCAGAUGCGGAGGCAGUACCCAUACCACAAGCAGCGGCGGUGGAGUAAACCCUACAUGUGCCUACAGCACUCCAUGGCUGCGCCUGAAGGGAUGGCAGUGCAGUUGGCGAUCGUCUACAGGAGCUUCGAGUUGGCCCCGGCCUUGUACGAAUUGAGCCGAAACUUGAAGCAAAGGCUGCCAGGAGCGCAGAUUCUAGCAGAGGCUGUGGACGAGAGCGAGGAGAAAUGGCUGAGAGUGGUUCGCUUGAACGACAGGCAGCUGCUGUGGAAGCCUUCGCCUGAAGAAGAGACACUCCUACAAGGGGAGAAGCUCCUGCAGCUCCGCAAAGAGCUUUCGCAGCAGCGUCAAGGCACGGAUGCUCACCGAGAGAAGCAGGAGGCGGUACGUGAAGAGAUUGACAGGCAAGUAGGGGAUCUGCAAAAAAUGCUCAAUGACAGCUUGGACUCCAUCGUCGGAAAAGCUCUUGACCACUUCAAGAGCCGCUAUGCAGCGCCGUGGAUCCAAGAGCCGCCAACGUGGGCUCGGCCCCGACAGGACAGAAGCUCGGAAUGA